AUGUCCUCCCUGAGUCAAACUAAUGAGAUUCCUCAUCAGAUCCCUUUGAAACUGGUUGAAGUUGGUGGGAGUGUUACUCUGCAUUGUCCAGUUUCAAAGACGGAGCGCAAAUUCUUCUACUGGUACAAGCAGCCGCUUGGACAUAUGCUCCAGACAGUUGCUACGGGAAGCUUGACUGAACAAAAACUGAGUGAACAAUUUAACAACAAUCGCUUUAAYUUAACAGCRGAGGAUUCUCAGUGCUCUCUGACUAUCAAGGAUAUCAUUAAAGAGGAUGAAGCAACAUAUUUCUGUCAAGCUGAAAACAAUGUGUACUGGUUCAGAGUCGGAUUCGGAGCCUCCCAUUCAAGCUUUAUUUACGCCAACAAAAGCAGCUGUGAUGCUCAGCAAAGGAGCUGUGAUUACCAGCUGUCAAAAACUAUACAGACGUCCUCAGAUACUGGAAUAUAUUACUGCGCUGUGCUCUCAUGUGGGAAGAUCCUGUUUGGAGAAGGAUCAAAAGUACAGAUGAGUUCACAUCUCAGUCCAUCUGUUCUUGUACUUAGUGUGCUGCUGGCGUGCUGCGUGACUCUAAUCGCUGCUCUUAUUGUCUACAUAAAACUAACACUUGUUGAACAUUGUGAAGGGGCAGAUACAGGCCCAUCUGGACGACCCAAUUCAUCGAGGGACCGGGCAACAGACACAGGCGCUCGUGGAGAUGAAGCCAAUUAUGUAGCUCUUAAUUUCGCCACAAGGAAGACAAAAGGCAUGAAGAAGAGGAUAGAAUCACCACCAGAGUGUGUGUACUCAGCUGUGAGAGGAGGUCAUCCCACACUGCAUGAAAUGUCUUAGAGCAGGACCUGUGUGUGUAGAGCUUGGACACAACAUG